AUCUACCUACUCUUCCCAAUUACCACCUCCAAAAGCUCCCAACCAGCAACCUCGACAAUCACAUCACCCCACUCUCACCAAAAACCGCAUCCGACUCCUCCUCCCUCCCCCAAAUGGCAGACGAAACCCCUCCCCCGACCGGCAUCGCCACGCCGACCAUGGCGACGGGGACGUCGACGCCGGCGGGCCUGGAGCUGGACGCGACGCAGCGCGAGGCGAGCCUGCGCGUGUCGCUGGCGGACCUGACGGCGCGGGCAGGCGCGCAGUACGCGCACCGCGACUACGAGGGCGCCGCCGAGGCGUACGCGCGCGCCGCAGAGAUGCAGGCCGAGAUGAACGGCGAGACGAGUCCCGAGAAUGCCGAGAUCCUCUUCCUGUACGGCCGCGCGCUGUUCAGGGUCGGGCAGGCCAAGAGCGACGUUUUGGGCGGGAGGGCGCCGGCGGCGCCGGCGGGUGGCGGGGAGGCGGAGGGGGAGAAGAAGAAGGGGAAGGGCGUGAAGAAGAGUCAGAAGCAGAGGCAGAAGAAGGGUGGUGAUGAUGCUGGGCCGGCGGCUGAUGCUGCUGCACCUGCCACGGAGGCAACUGCCGAGGCGGAUAGGGUUGCUGAGGAGGCUGUGGGUAUCAUUGCUAGUGAGGCGGAUGGUGCAAAGAAGACGGACGAGUCGACGGAGAAUAAGGCGCUGUUCCAGUUUACCGGGGAUGAGAACUUUGACGAUUCGGAUGAGGAGGGUGCCGAGGAAGAUGCUGAAGGCGACGAGGAAGAGGACGAUGACUUGGCGGUGGCUUUCGAGAUCCUGGACCUCGCCCGCGUGCUCUUUACGAAACGAUUGGAGGCAAACCAAUCAGAAAAGGAAGAUGGCAAAGGCAAGGAGGUGGAGACGUCAGACGGCGACUCCCCCAUUGUCAAGCAUAUCAAGGAGCGGUUGGCCGAUACGCACGAUCUGUUGGCCGAGAUCUCCUUGGAGAACGAGAGAUACCCCAACGCCAUCACGGACUCGCGCGCCUCCCUCAAGUACAAGCAGGAGCUCUACUCGGAGGACUCGGAGGUCAUCGCAGAGGCUCACUUCAAGCUGUCCCUCGCCCUCGAAUUCGCGUCCGUCACGACAUCCUCCGAAGAGGACACCGAUAAGUCCGGGCCGAAGCCGGUCGACCAGGACCUGCGCGACGAGGCGGCCAAGGAACUCGAGGCCGCCAUUGCAAGCACGAAGCUCAAGCUGCAGAACAAGGAGGUCGAGCUCGCCACCCUCCAUUCGCCAGAGGACAACGAUGCCACCAGGAAGCAGAUUGCCGAGGUUAAGGACAUCAUCGCGGACAUGGAGCAGAGACUCGUCGACCUCCAGAAGCCCCCCAUCGACGUGAACGCGGCCCUCUACGGCGCGGCCGGCAACGCCAUGGGCGGCAUCCUCGGCGCGGCGCUGGGCGAGUCGGCGGCGCAGACCGAGUCGCGCAUCGAGGAGGCCAAGAAGACGGCCACGGACCUGACGGGCCUCGUCCGGAAGAAGGCCAAGGACGAGCAGCCCAAGCCCAAGACCGACGAGGCCGAGAAGGCUAACGGCCACGGGACCAACGGCAGCGGCGUCGGGAAGCGCAAGGCGGAGGAGCCUGUCGAGGGCACGCCCGAGGCCGAGUCGAAGAAGGCGAAGGUGGAGGAGGCUGUGGAGGCGUGAAGAGGCUUCUCUUCAAUUUGCCCCUUUUUUACUCUCGGUUUCCUUGCUCGUUUGGUGUUUUCUGCAUCGGAUAGGGUGCCUUUUUUGCCGAAAUGGGCGCUGCGUCGUGGCCCAAGGUCGAGGUCGGGGGUGCUAAAUAGGUGAAAAAAAACCUCUCACUCGGGGCUGGGAUGGUAAAACUGGACAACAAGUUGGG